ACCAGCCCCCAAUCUAUAACACCUAAAAAAAGAAAUUCUCAGAAAACAAAAGUUUGUUUCAUUCGGCACCAAAUGGAACGCUACCUUAUCCCCCAGUACUCUCUCGGUCUCUCCUCUCCUCUCCACUCACUCAACCUCUCUCGCUCCCGGUCUCCCCUCCCUUCCCCCGGCGCAUCCGCCGCGCGCGUCGAUGAGCUCCUGCCGCAACCGUGCGACUCCGACCAUCGACCACCGCAUUUGUUGCAUGCAUCGGCAGUUGCCGCGCGACGAAGAUCGCCGCUGGUCCUGCAACAGCCUCGGCUGGAGGAGGACGAUAGGUACAUGGCGAAGGACGCUCAAGUAAGAGGAGCGGCCCCAAUGGUGGCGGCCUCGAGCACCGGGAUAAGUGCAGGCUGGGGAUGCAGGAGAGGUGCAGCGCGGGGCUCGGGGCUCCGACGAGCUGGGUGCGGCGCGACGGACGACGACGGACGCAGGGACUCAUUGAUCCGGGCGCUGGUGCUCAAUCCGGUCCCGUUCCGGCCGGAUCCGCGGCGGUGCUCAUCUCCGGCGAGGUGGCCGGUGACUCGCGGGCCGACGGCGGCGCAAGACCACGGGAGGAGCUCAUCUCACGCGAGGUCCUGUUGGCUUCGGUUGCCGGUGGCUUACGCAGGGGUGGCGGGGGUCCAGCAUCAUGGAGCCUCUUCGAGGGCGAGGAAGCAGACGGUGACGAUAACUUUGAGGCCGGCGGGGGCACCGUCUCCGCGUUCGAUGGUCGUGGUGAACGCCGUGGGCUCCAACGCGGCCGCCGUUGGCUCUAUCCCCUACCGGGCAUUACUCAAGUGAGCUGAUGAAGUAAGAGGAAUCCAGAGGCGUGGGAUUUGCACUGUGUAUCAUUUUAAGCAUGGUUGGCCGCAUCGUUGGCUCCUCUUGAAAGCACAUGUACUACUUGCACCAAGAGGUAAUUUCCAGUUAAAUUCUCUCCCUUACCUUAGUUAAUAGCCUGGGUUAAAACCGUAGUUCCUGUUGUUAGCUAGAUUUUUGUGUGCUAACACCAUUGUGUUUAAGAACAUGUUGUGAUGUUCGUUCUGAUUUGUAUAUAAUUUUUGUAUUUCUGCAGCAAGAAUUUAACAGUAGAAAAGCCGUAUCAACUAUAUGUAUGCCCCAAUGCGAUCAACAACAAAAAAUUAUGCUCGCAAUUACCUGGCACGGGCACUGGAGUCAUUUGGGAAGGAUGCUCAAGAUUAGGAAUGUCACCAAGAGGGGCUCGGCUAGAGUUAUCACCAAGAGGGGAUAGGCACAGAUUUGUCGCCUCCAUAUCUUCAAGCGUCAUGGUCUGUCGGCGCUUGUAACGAAAUAAAAUAAACCAUUAUUAUUUCUGUGAACUGUACACAUUAAAUAUAUACUGGGCCAAAAUCUAACUUUGAAGCAUGCGAUCAGGUUAGGCGAGAUAAUCUACAUCUGCACUAUUAGAUUAGUACAUUGUCAUACUUUGCUUCAAUGAAAAACACAGCAUCAGUGAUACAACUUUGUUUCACUAAUUGAUCAGUACAUAUGUUUUUCAACCAUUAGGUUUUUGACCAGGUAUAUUUGUCUCGAAUGGAAGGACAAACACAAAGAACCAUUACAUCAAGAAGCUAUCAAGCUUGAGGGUCUCACAUAUUUUCACGACGCUUUCUGAAGUGUAAGUUACUAAGUUGAAAUCUGUUCUCUCAGCACUAUUUUAUCAUGUAUGAUAUUUUUAUUCUUUCUUUCCCAGAACUUAUCUCUUUCCUUGUGUUGGAAAUGAUAUUUUAUAUGGUUACUUGACGGUAUGAGCCAGAGCUAUUUCCUAGUCUGAUUUCUCCUGGGUGUACUCUGCUUUCUGAUGUCUGAUUUGAUGACAAGAAUAUUGUGUCGACGGUCAGCGCCUGGAUUGUAAAUUGGACUUAAAAGCAAAUAGCUCUUUAGGCACGUAAUGCAGAUUAUAACCCCAAGGUAAAAUCAUUAACCUAAUGCAUUCUUCAUGAUGUUGGCUUUUUCCCCUUACUGGGCCUGUGAUGCUAUAUUUCCAAAAACAUCCAAAUUUUAUCACUUUGGUAGCAUCCACAUGGCUUUGUGAAUCCUGCUGUGUAGAUGGUGGAUAGCCUGGUAAAAGAGUAGAGACUUUGUACA